ACAAGCCGAUCAGCUGAUGAAACUGUGAACAACAUCUAGCUGUUGGGCAGCGAAAUUAUCCUUACAAGAUAUAUAUAUUUUUUUUUAAAUACAACGGUAUCUUUGUGAUUGACACUGCAUACCAUGUUUGUUUAUUAAAAGAGUAUUGCGUUGUUUUGUAUGUAGAAGGUGAAGGAACGUGUUUAGGUUAGGAAACAUCUGGGCAAUCUAGCUAGUUUCUUGUACUAACUAGGUCAAUAUUUUUGGCUUGAUGAAGGCUUUUGUUGAUGUGUUGGUUCUUGAGAAAUGGGUCGUUUCAGUUGAUGUAGAGUAACUGACAAAUAUGUAAGUGUUUUCUUUUUAUAUAUAUUCAGAUUUGUUUUUGCACAGAGUCACCGUUGUCAAUUUCUACUCUCAAAGUCACUUAGCCAACAACAACGGCUAAACAAACACUAGGCUAGCUAACGUUAGCUAAUGCCAAUGUUAUUGGUGGUUGACAGCUAUCGAUUGCUUGCAGGUGGUGCUAGCUGCAUGUCUGGACAUGUAUGUAGGAAAUCGUUGUGAUUGUUUUGCUGACAGACAGACAGAUCUGUAACUUAGAGUAAUUUGAUGUCAAAGUGAUCUGUCACAGUUCAUUUUGAAAAUUGAUCUGCUAAGUGUUUUGGGGAGUAUAGAAGAGGCACUACUACCAUAACGUACUAAAGAAGAAAACAUUUAAAUCUUUAACAUCUUAUAGACUAUAGCCAUAAACAUAUUCUACAUCAGUCUGGUUUCGUUAUCCUCGUGUAGUUUUCGACUCUUCAGCAACAGUUCCUCGGGCACAGAUUAUCGGCAUAAAGGCCCACUUGUUAGCAGUACCACACCGAAGUGUUAAUUAUGAGUGGUCAAGGUCCGUCUGUAGAUAAGGGGAUGAACACCAUCCUGGUGUGUCAGGAGAGCUACGCCUGCGGCGGCUCAGACGAGGCCGCCUUCGAAUGCGACGAGUGCGGCAGCCUGCAGUGCGUCCUUUGCGAGCUUGAGCUCCAUCGUCAGGAACGCAUGAGGAAUCAUGACAGGGUCCGCAUCGCCCCGGGACACGUUCCUUUCUGUGACUCCUGUAAAGGGAACAACAGCGGCUUUGGCGUGAACAGGGGCAGGCUGAGGGCGGUGGUGCGCUGCCAGGGCUGUAAGAUGAACCUCUGUUUGGACUGCCAGAAGCGGACCCACAGCGGGGUGAAUAAGAGGAAGCACCCCGUGACCCCAUACCCUCCUCCGGUGAAAGCCCAGGAUAGUAGCCUGGAUACUGGGGAUGGAGGAGAGAUGGAGGCCCUGAAAGCAAAACUGGAGGAGGUGUGCAGCUUCUUACUGGUGGAUGAGAAGGAGGAGAUGCAGUUAAAGGAUGAGGAAGACUUUGUGAGCCGGCUGGACUGCAGGCCAGAGGAACUCCUCAAGGUCGUGUCUAUCUUUGGAAACACGGGGGAGGGGAAGUCCCACACCCUGAAUCACACCUUCUUCCUGGGGCGAGAGGUGUUCCAGACAUCCCCCACCCAGGAGUCCUGCACCGUGGGGGUCUGGGCUGCCAUGGACCCCAUCCACAGGGUGGUGGUGAUCGACACAGAGGGACUGCUGGGGGCAGGAUCCAAUCAGGGCCAGCGUACCCGGCUGCUCCUCAAAGUCCUUGCCGUCUCCGACCUCGUCAUCUACCGUACCCAUGCCGACCGUCUCCACGACGACCUGUUCAAGUUCCUAGGUGAUGCUUCGGAAGCCUAUCUGAAGCACUUCACCAGGGAGCUGAAGGCCACUACGACCCGGUGUGGCCUGGACGUCCCUCUGUCCACUCUGGGACCAGCUGUUAUUAUCUUCCAUGAGACCGUCCACACCAAGCUACUGAGCUCAGACAACCCAUCAGAGUCUGCAGAGCGUCUGCUCCAGGAGCGUUUCAGGAAGUUGGGUCUGUUUCCCGAGGCCUUCAGCUCCAUCCAGUACCGCGGGACUCGAACCUACAACCCCCCGACAGAUUUUAGUGGUCUGCUGCGUAGCCUGGAGCAACAGUUAGAUAACAACACUACCCGCUCACCUCGUUCCGCAAGCGUCAUAUACAGAGCCCUGCAGGCCCUGAGUGAACGUUUCAGUGGGGAUAUCCCAGAAGACCACCUGGCCAGUAACUCUUUCUUCCCUGAUGAAUACUUCACCUGCUCUGGUAUCUGUCUCAGCUGUGGGUCUGGCUGUGAGAACAGUAUGAACCACCUGAAGGAGGAAGUGGACCACGAGGCUAAACACCGCUGUCGCUACUCUGCUCAGUAUGACAACCGUAUCUACACUUGUAAGGCGUGCUAUGAGGGAGGGAAGGAGGUGAUUGUGGUUCCCAAGGCGACAGCCUCCUCUGACUCUCCCUGGUUUGGUCUGGCCAUCUAUGCCUGGUCAGGGUAUGUGAUAGAGUGUCCCAACUGUGGGGUGAUCUACAGAAGCAGGCAGUACUGGUACGGGAACCAGGACCCAGUGGACACAGUGGUCAGGACUGAAAUACAACACGUCUGGCCUGGGUCAGAUGGUUUUCUGAAGGACAACAACAAUGCAGCUCAGAGACUGUUGGACGGUGUGAACUACAUCUCCCAGAGUGUGUCAGAGCUCAGUGUGAAACCUGCCAAAGCUGUCACUUCCUGGCUCACCGACCAGAUCGCCCCGGCCUACUGGAAACCCAACUCCCUCAUCCUGAAAUGUUGUAAGUGCAGUGAGGUGUUCCAGGACAACGAUACUAAGCAUCACUGCCGUGCCUGUGGAGAGGGCUUCUGUGACGGCUGCUCCACCAAGAACCGUCCCGUUCCAGAGAGGGGCUGGGGGCUCGCCCCCGUACGGGUCUGUGAUGCCUGCUUCCAGAACCGGGGCAUCUCAGAAGAGCUGCUGGAUGCAGAGUUGGAGGAGGAGGAAGGAGGGACACUCAGUAGAAGAGUAGGAGAGGCUGUUCAGAAUACACUGGGAGCUGUGGUCACUGCUACAUACAUCCCUCUGGGUCUGAUGAAGGAUGCAGCUCGUCCAGCCUACUGGGUUCCAGACCAGAACAUCCGGUGCUGCUGUGAGUGUCAGAGAGACUUCUCCGCUCCGCGUCUCUCCAUCCACCACUGCAGGGCCUGCGGCCAGGGCGUGUGUGACGACUGCUCCCCUGAACGCAGAGCGGUGCCCUCUAGGGGUUGGGACCACCCGGUGCGGGUCUGCAACACCUGCCACCAGAAACCAGGGGACCUCUAGCAGGAGACGGGGGGGGGGGGAGAACACAUUGGCAUCCUAUUUCCUAUAAACCCUGGUCAAAAAUAGUAUACUGUAUAUGAACUAGGGUGCCAUUUGGGACACAGACAGUCCAGGGUUGUGUUCAUUAGGUAUGAAAUUGAAGAAACGUUUGGCUACGGUGUGCCUUAAUGAACACGGUCCAGGUUCUACCUAACAGCUGUGGAGCUGGUGGAACACCCCUCUCUCUGUGGCUGCAGUGGUUCAGCCCAGUUUUGAAGGGAAUUCUUCUUACUCAUUGUGAUGUCAUCAGUAGUAAGGCUGGGACGUGACGUCAGAUGUCCUGACUUUGUCCUCAGUUCUUCCAUCCUUACAGGACACCUUUUAAUCCCUUUACUGCACUGUUUCACUUUAUCCUGCCUGAAUUCUCUCUCUCUCUCACACACACAGAGAGAGAUUUAUAUUAAUGCACACAGAAGAAACCAGAAAUCUUUGAAUGACAGUCUAUCCGAAGGAAUGACCUCGACCUAGUAGACCACCUGUACUGUACCUGACAACAGUAUCUGAUACCACCUGUACUGUACCUGACAACAGUAUCUGAUACCACCUGUACUGUACCUGAUACCACCUGUACUGUACCUGAUACCACCUGUACUGUACCUGACAACAGUAUCUGAGACCACCUGUACUGUACCUGAUACCACCUGUACUGUACCUGAUACCACCUGUACUGUACCUGAUACCACCUGUACUGUACCUGAUACCACCUGUACUGUACCUGAUACCACCUGUACUGUACCUGACACCACCUGUACUGUACCUGAUACCACCUGUACUGUACCUGAUACCACCUGUACUGUACCUGAUACCACCUGUACUGUACCUGACAACAGUAUCUGAGACCACCUGUACUGUACCUGAUACCACCUGUACUGUACCUGAUACCACCUGUACUGUACCUGACACCACCUGUACUGUACCUGACAACAGUACCUGAUACCACCUGUACUGUACCUGACACCACCUGUACUGUACCUGACAACAGUAUCUGAGACCACCUGUACUGUACCUGAUACCACCUGUACUGUACCUGACAACAGUAUCUGAGACCACCUGUACUGUACCUGAUACCACCUGUACUGUACCUGACAACAGUAUCUGAGACCACCUGUACUGUACCUGACACCACCUGUACUGUACCUGACAACAGUAUCUGAGACCACCUGUACUGUACCUGACAACAGUAUCUGAUACCACCUGUACUGUACCUGAUACCACCUGUACUGUACCUGAUACCACCUGUACUGUACCUGACAACAGUAUCUGAUACCACCUGUACUGUACCUGAUACCACCUGUACUGUACCUGAUACCACCUGUACUGUACCUGAUACCACCUGUACUGUACCUGAUACCACCUGUACUGUACCUGAUACCACCUGUACUGUACCUGACACCACCUGUACUGUACCUGACAACAGUAUCUGAUACCACCUGUACUGUACCUGAUACCACCUGUACUGUACCUGAUACCACCUGUACUGUACCUGACAACAGUAUCUGAUACCACAUGACUAAGAGGAACUAGGAGACAACAAUUAAGCAAUAAGGCCCGAGGGGGUGUGGUAUAUGGCCAAUAUACCACGGCUAAGGGCUGUUCUUAAGCACGACGCAACGUGGAGUGCCUGGA